AAUGAACCCACAGUCCACCAUCCCCAAGCCUCACAAAUCUUACUUAGCUUUCUUCUUUAGAGCUAUCAUCAUUUCCAGUAGCUCACCUGCGUUACUUGUUCUCUAAGGAAACCAAUUAUUAGUACUAAUGGAGACCGUGAGACAGUUGGCUUCAGAGAAGGCUGCUGUGAUCUUCACAAAGAGCUCAUGCUGCAUAUGCCACAGCGUGAAGACGCUUUUCUACGAGCUCGGUGCAAGCCCCGCUAUUCAUGAGCUCGACCGAUACGCCAAUGGUAGGGACAUGGAGUGGGCAUUGAGGAACCUUGGCUGCAAUCCUGCUCUCCCUGCUGUGUUCAUAGGUGGAAAAUAUGUUGGCUCCUCAAAAGAUAUCAUAUCGUACCAUGUCGAUGGAUCUCUAAAACAAAUGCUCAAAGAUGCAAAAGCCAUCUGGUUCUAGCUAGCUAAGCUAGCUAGUAGCUUAUAUUAUCACACAAAAAGAUUAAUCUAUGACCUGUUAAUUAGUCUAGUAGUAUACACAGAAAACAAUCCCAAUACCAUUGCUUAAAGAAAAUGAGUAUUGAGGUUUAAGUUUCCCUUUUUCUUUUACUUUGUAUGUAACUUCCCUGGCUACGUUCUAUAUAUAUGAAAUGAAGUUAGAUCAUAUGAAAAGGAUCCCGGACAGUUCUGAAAA